AUGGCCUCCUUCUUCCGCAGUGAGGAGAUGCAGCUGUCGCAGGUUUUCCUGCACACAGAUAUCGCAUAUAUGUGCAUAUCUGAGCUUGGAGAAUUAGGGCUAGUCCAAUUUCGGGAUACUGCGGCUGGAACUAGCGCGUUUCAGCGGAAAUUUGUCAAUGAAGUUAGAAGGUGUGAUGAGAUGGAGAGGAAACUUAGAUUUUUAGAAAAGGAGAUCGAAAAGGAUAGUUUUCCUAUCCUAGACACGGGAGAAAAUCCAGAGGCCCCCGCGCCACGCGAGAUAAUAGAUCUAGAGGGCAUAUUUGAGAAAUUGGAAAACGAACUGAAGGAAGUGAAUUCCAGUGUUGAAGAACUAACAAAGGCUCACUUGAAGCUAUGUGAAUUAAAACAGAUUUUGCGAAAAACGCAAGGUUUUUUCGAAGAGGCUCUGCAUGACCCAGCUCUGGCGGAAGAAAACGUCGGCCUUCUUGGGGGCGAAGGAAUACCUGCUGCAGGAUUACGGCUAGGCUCAUUGGCCGGUGUCAUUCCACGUGAUCGUUUACCUGCUUUCGAACGUAUGCUGUGGAGGGCCUGUCGAGGCAACGUAUUUCUCAAACAGGCAGAAAUAGACGAACCACUUGAAGAUCCGACAACGGGUACAAAAGUUAACAAGUCCGUGUUCUUGGUGUUUUUCCAAGGGGAUCAGUUGCGCACACGCGUGAAGAAGAUUUGUGAGGGAUUCCACGCCAGUAUUUCUCCUUGCCCGGAUUCGCAAGCCGACAGGCGUAAUAUGGCGAUCGAAGUGAUGGGAAAGAUUGAAGACUUGGAAACCGUGCUUGCUCAGACUAAGGAACAUCGUCAGCGCAUAUUGGAGACUGCGGCCAAAAAUAUUCGUGUGUGGUUCAUCAAAGUUCGCAAAAUCAAAGCGAUCUACCAUACGUUGAACUUGUUUAAUCUGGAUGUUACCACUAAAUGUAUGGUUGGAGAGUGCUGGUGCGCGGUCAACGAUGUGGAUAAAAUUCAUCUGGCUUUGCGUCGUGGUAUGGAACGCAGUAACAGCACAUUGCAACCUAUUCUUAAUGGUCUGGUAACGCGUGAAAGCCCACCCACCUACCACCGUACAAACAAAUUCACAGCAGCAUUUCAAAAUAUCAUUGAUGCCUAUGGCGUUGCUCGUUAUCGGGAAGUCAAUCCGGCAAUCUUUACGGUGAUUACCUUCCCGUUCCUGUUUGCUGUCAUGUUUGGUGAUGCAGGACAUGGUUUGCUCAUGUUCCUAUUCGCCUUGUGGAUGGUGGUCUGCGAACGAAGUUUAAUGGCGAAAAAGUCCACAAAUGAAGUUUGGCAAAUGUUCUUUUCCGGCCGUUACAUUCUCCUGCUUAUGGGCAUCUUCUCAAUCUACACAGGCCUUAUAUACAACGACGUUUUCUCGCGUUCGCUCAACAUAUUUGGUUCAUCUUGGUAUCCCACAUAUGACCAGGCCACCUUGACCAAGCAUGACUUCUUGCAGUUGAACCCGCUCACCGUCAACCAAACGACAGACCGUAUGUUCGCCGGUUACCCAUACCCUUUCGGUCUGGAUCCCGUUUGGCAGUUGGCAACAAACAAAAUCAUGCUGACCAAUUCAAUCAAGAUGAAGAUGUCCAUCAUUCUUGGGGUUCUACACAUGUUGAUGGGUAUAUUUUUGGGCGCUUUUAAUUAUCGUUUCUUCAAUGAACCACUCAGCAUUUGGUGCGAGCUGGUGCCCCAAGUACUGUUUAUCUCCUCCAUCUUCUUCUACUUGAUUGUGUUGAUAUUCUACAAGUGGAUCGGCUUUUCGGCCGAACAGUCAGCCGUUGCUCCGAGCCUCCUAAUUAACCUGAUCAAUAUGGUUCGAUUCAGCUACAGCAACGACGGUCCACCGGCAACACAUACCUUCUAUUCUGGACAGCAAACAAUCCAAACCAUUCUGAUGGUUAUCGCGAUAAUCAGCGUACCGUGGAUGCUCCUGACUAAGCCGUUGAUUCUUUUGAUGCGCCAUCGAGCUAUUGUCAAGCGCGCUGCUCGUUCUGCUGCUGCCGCCGAUGUUUGUGAUAUCGCCUAUGUGGAUGUCGGAGGAUUGUCCAACGCGGGUAUGAUGGAAGAGCCUCUGAUCGCUGACGGCGAUAGUGGAGCUGGUUAUCACGACACUACCCCACUUCACACCUCUUCUAGUAGACUGUCUAAAGCCUCCACCACAACACAGACAAGUACUUCAAGUUUGGCUAGUCAAACAGAAAAAGGUCGUGGUGGGAACCCUCUAACCACAACAGACAAUGUCUCUUCUGAAAAGAUCAUCCUCAAUGAUGGUCUUCAGUUGGGAGCCCAUGGUGAUUCCCCCGAGUUGACUGAGGAGCCUUUCGACUUUGGCGAUACCAUGAUCUACCAGUCGAUCCACACAAUUGAAUACUGUCUCGGAUGUAUCUCCAAUACGGCGUCCUAUUUGCGUCUUUGGGCCUUGAGUUUGGCACAUGCCCGUGAGUUGUGUCGUAUCGUUGUCAUUUGGCAGGAACCGUUCGACUUUGGCGAUACCAUGAUCUACCAGUCGAUCCACACAAUUGAAUACUGUCUCGGAUGUAUCUCCAAUACGGCGUCCUAUUUGCGUCUUUGGGCCUUGAGUUUGGCACAUGCCCGUGAGUUGUGUCGUAUCGUUGUCAUGUUAUUACAGUUGGCAGGAACCGUGUACAUUCACAAAUAUGACAAGUAUACUUUUAAUUCCCCCCCCCCACACGUUCUCACAGAGCUCUCUGAAGUCUUGUGGACCAUGGUCUUUCACAUCGGGUUGAGUAUCAAUGGCUACUACGGCGGUGUCGUCCUCGUUAUAAUCUUCUUUUUCUGGGCUGUUCUGACGGUUGGUAUUCUCCUGCUGAUGGAAGGUUUAUCCGCCUUCUUGCAUACACUUCGUCUUCACUGGGUCGAGUUCCAGAACAAAUUUUACAAAGGCGAUGGCUACCUGUUCGCUCCGUUCUCGUUCCGUCAAUGUGUCAGUGGGAAGUUGGAUUCCUAACUGCUACCUCCGUUGCUUGCUUGCUUUCAAUUUUAUGAGUGUUGUGACAGCGCUUUCCUCAUCAUUCCGCCGUACCUCCCAUUUCUGGUUACUGUUGUGAUUCCGUUCCUUAUUGUGCUGGAUCACCUCACCCCGCUACUUCGCUAUUAUCCUUGCGACCUGAUUGAUUAUUUGUGUUGUCGACUGGUGUCGUCUCUUGUGAACUCUCACCAUCCUAUUGCUAAACUAGCAUAAUACAACUCAUUUCACUGCCAUUGAAUUCCA